AUGAAGGUGUUGAACAGCUCGGUAUGGUUGGUCUUGGCAAGUAUUGCUACGCUGAGUCUUGCGGCAGCUCAGGCCGACAGCAAUGCAGUACAGGCUGGAUAUCACGUUAUCUGGAGCUGGCCAGGCACAUCCAUACCCCAAGAACUGAUAGACGCCACGACCGCUGGUAAAGUGGGCGGAGUCAUCUUCUUCGGCGAGAAUAUUAACGAUCAACUUCCUGCGCAGCUCGAGUCGUUACAAGAUGCUUACAAGAAGUCCAAGAGCUACCCCGGCUUUCCAUUGUUGGUGGUGACAGAUCAAGAGGGUGGCAAAGUCAAUCGUCUUCCAGGAGGUCCCGUAAUGUCGGCAAAAGCAAUCGGUGCAUCGAAUGAUCCUGCCGGAGAAGCUGCAUCUGCCGGCUCGACGGUGGCUGACGUCUUUUCCAACUACAAUACCAAUGGCGACCUGGCUCCAGUCGUGGACGUAUUCCGUGAGCAAGGAGACUUCACGGAUAGCGUAGGUCGCUCAUUCAGCAUGGAUACUGCCAUUGUUGGCAAGCGCGCCGCAUCCUGGGUGACCAGUCUGCAAUCAAGAGGUUACGUUGCCACCGCGAAACAUUUCCCAGGCCUUGGCGCUGCUGGUAAAACUGCCAAUACGGACCUUAAGCCUGUCACACUUAAUGUACUUACGGAGUUCGAUGAAACUCCAUAUAAGAAUGCCAUCAAGGCAGGAGUUAAGAUGAUCAUGCCAUCUUGGGCAAUCUACCCAGUGCUCGACAGCAAGAAGCCGUCGGGUCUGAGUAAGAAGUGGUUUCAGCAGGAGCUGCGUGGUAGACUCAACUUCCAGGGCGUCACCAUUAGUGAUGCACUCGAAGCUGGCGCUAUCAAGAGCUUUGGCAAUACAGGCGAGCUGGCGGUCUUGGCAUCGCUUGCUGGCAUGGAUAUUGUCCUUGCUUCGGUGAGGCAAGUGUCGCAGGGCAGUGAGGCGGUAGAUGCAAUUGCAGCCGCUUUGAGCUCUGGUCGUCUGGAUCGAGCGACGUUCGAGAAAUCGAGGAGGGGACUGAAGUAG